CACCCCUUGAGGAAAGACAUUUUCUGCUCCCACCCAGUUGGCAGGGCCUGCUUCCUGAAUCUCCAGGGCACAUCCUAACCGCCAGGGCCAGCACCUCCCAAGAGCCCACUCUCUCCCUCCGGGGGUCACGGUGGAAGGAUCAUGGGAGAAACAGAAGGGAAGAAAGAGGAGGCUGAUUAUAAGCGGCUGCAGACCUUCCCUCUGGUCAGGCAUUCGGACAUGCCAGAGGAGAUGCGAGUGGAAACCAUGGAGCUGUGUGUCACGGCCUGUGAGAAAUUCUCCAACAACAACGAGAGCGCUGCCAAGAUGAUCAAAGAGACGAUGGACAAGAGGUUCGGCUCCUCCUGGCACGUGGUCAUCGGCGAGGGCUUCGGGUUUGAGAUCACGCAUGAGGUGAAGAACCUCCUGUACCUGUACUUUGGGGGGACCCUGGCUGUGUGCGUCUGGAAGUGCUCCUGACGCUGUCCCCCACCCCUGCCCCCCGUCCCCUGCAGGGACCGGGGGGCGACCCCAGGCAGGCCCUCGAUCUUCCAAGGAGAGUCUGGGGUCUUCCCUUUUGCCCUUUGAUACCAGUUUCCCAAGCCGCGCCCGGCGUGUGAGUGUGUUGGCACCUUUCCCCAGGCCCCCCAGCGUGUGAAGGGGAGAGCAGGCUGCGGUCUGGACGCAGGGGAGGGGUGGGAGACGUGACAGGGUAGGAGGGUGGGGAGGUGGGAGCUUUCUCACAGGGACACGCCAGCCCCGCCUCUCUCAGGGGCUGCUCUCCCCUGGCCUCCCGGGAGCCCCCCGCCCCUCCACACUGGCCCGAUGCAGAUGGCCCCAGGGGGAGCCUGUCCUCUCCAGGGACCCUGGCAGCUUUCUCCCCUCAUUCCCCGGAGAAAUGGCGGCCCCCCAGAAGCCCCUUCUCCGAGCCUGACCCCAGGCUGGACGCACCGCGGCAUCUCACCGGCCCUCGCGCUCUCCUCCCUCCUCCGCCCAGCCGCCAGGCCGUGAACCUUUCGUGCCGUGUCCACCUGCACACUUGGGGUCCUGUGGCGGAGGGCGUGGGUGUCACUGAGCCUCGGGCAGGGCUCCCGGGCCUGGGUGCGCUCACCACGAGGCCUGUUCCGGCAGGGAAACCUGGCCUGCCACUUUCUCAUCAGGGACCGCAUGCUGAUUUGUAUUUCUGAUCUCUGCUGGCUUUUCUACAUUCUUUUUUGAGCGUGGGGAGAAGGGUUUUAGUAGAAGGGUGAAUCCUAUUUUACACAGCGGUCUUAUUUAUAUAAAUGUCUUGGUUUUUACAAUUAAAGUGAAAAACGGACCUUGA